UAGCCUCUUUCUUUCUCUCAAAUAGCCGCUUUCUUCCCGUCGAAUCAGCCUGCAAAAUUUUCAGUUUUCUACCAAUUCCUUCAACAACCAAUUGUCCUUCCUUUUGAUUGCAACCCACAAAAUCCUCCACACGCACGUGAAUUUUUGUCCUGCCCCAAAAAUUAGGUCAGUAAAAUUUUUUCCCCCCAAAUCUAGAAGCCUGCAAAAUCUUCAAUUUUCUGUCAAUUCCUCGAGCAACUAAUUGUACUUCCACGAACUAAUUGUACUUCCUUUCGAUUACCUCUCAAAAAAUCAUCCACAUUCGCGUGAAUUCUUCUUUUUCCCCAAAAAACAGCUCACUCAAAUCUCUUUUUCCCCAAAAUCAUCUCAUUUUAGGGAUGGCUGUUCUAUCGCCUUAUCAUCUAUGCUAUAGCUUUCAGAACUUACUAUUUCCAGCUCUAUAUAUACCUCUGUUUCCCAGUUUUGCCGGUAUUCAGCAGACGAGCGAAGAAAAUCUAGGCGAGCAAAGAAAAUAUAGCACAAAGUUGGUACUUGAAGAAAUUGCUGGAGCCAGUUCUUACAAAGACAGCCAGACAUCUGCAACCAGUGGAGCAAAACGAAGCCUUGAGUUUCCAGAAGAUUUACCAGCAGACACACAUGCUAAACAUCCAACAAAGGCUCCUGAAGAGUUUGCCAAAGAACCUGCAAAACUGUAUGGUCCACCUGCAAAUAUCAAAGACAGUCCAACCAAGAAAGCUAAAGCAAAGGAAGACUAAUAUGGCCUAUUUCUGUACUUUUGUUAAAUCUUUUAUUCAUUGCCUUUCCUCCAUUGCUUAGACAAUAUCUUUUGAAUUAUAUUAUGAUCCAUUAUUCUUUUGACUUAAAAA